CAGCUUUCACCAUUCUCUCAGCUUUAAAAACUCAAAAACCGAGGGACAACCCUGAUAUAGCGGGAAGGAACCUCAAAAACUUCCCUACCUCCACAACCUCUCCUCCGCCACCACUCGCCACCGCUUCUUUCCACUCUUAUCUUCCAUCCUCUCAUGUAUUCAGAUCCGCUACUUUCGCUAUUACGCCAUUUGUAAGGAUUUCAAAGAUAAACCAUAUAUACAACUUUAGAAAACACAGAGACACCAGACACAGACAAGCGGUUGAGACAAGUCGCAUACCUCGUAGGAUCAAAUGGAACAGAAGCACAUACUUUUAUCUGCGUUGAGCGUUGGUGUUGGAGUAGGUGUAGGAUUGGGGUUGGCAUCGGGACAGAACAAAUUGAAUGCUAAAGCUUCGUCUCUCAAUGAUAUAACCGCAGAGAACUUGGAAAGAGAAAUGCUGAGGCAAGUGAUUGAUGGCAGAGAAACUGGUGUCACCUUCGACCAAUUCCCCUACUAUCUCAGCGAGCAGACCAGGGCUUUACUUACAAGUGCUGCCUAUGUUCAUUUGAAGCAUGCUGAGGUUUCCAAGUACACAAGGAACCUUGCUCCUGCAAGUCGGGCUAUAUUGCUCUCAGGACCUGCUGAACUUUACCAGCAAAUGCUUGCCAAGGCUUUAGCUCAUUACUUUGAGACUAAAUUGCUGUUGUUAGAUGUUACCGACUUUUCUCUCAAGAUUCAGAGCAAAUAUGGUAGUGCGAUGAAAGAAUCGUCUUUCAAGAGGUCACCUUCAGAGUCUACACUGGAGCGACUGUCUGGCUUCCUUGGAUCGCUUUCAGCUCGUCCCCAGAAAGAACAACCAAGAGGCGGUUUGCGAAGGCAAUACAGUGGUGUGGACAUUUCUUCAAGGGGGCUUGAAGAUUCCUCUAAUGCUCCUAAGCUCCGACGAAAUGUCUCAGCAGCUAAUAUAAGUAUGCUAGCUACACAGUACACUCCUGCAAAUACAGCUCCUUUGCGCACAAGCAGUUGGUCUUUUGAUGAGAAGCUUUUUAUACAGUCCCUUUACAAGGUUUUGGUGUAUGUAUCUAAAGCUGCUUCCAUUGUGCUGUACCUUAGAGAUGUUGAUAGGUUCUUAUCUAGAUCGCAGAGGAUAUAUAGUUUGUUUGAGAAGAUGCUGAAGAAAUUAUCUGGAUCAGUGCUGAUCCUUGGUUCACAGAUUUUGGAUCUGGGUAACGACAACAGAGAUAUAGACGAGAGGCUUCUUAGUCUUUUCCCUUAUACCAUUGAGAUUAAGCCUCCAGAGGAUGAAACCCGUCUUCUCAGCUGGAAAUCCCAGCUAGAGGCAGAUAUGAAGAUGAUCCAAGUUCAGGAUAAUAAAAAUCACAUAGUGGAAGUAUUAUCAUCCAAUGAUCUUGAUUGUGAUGAUCUUGACUCGAUCUGCGUGGCGGAUACAAUGGUUCUAAGCAACUAUAUAGAAGAGAUUGUGAUAUCUGCAGUUUCUUAUCAUUUGAUGAAUAAUAAAGAUCCUGAAUACAGAAAUGGAAAACUUAUUAUAUCAUCCAAGAGUUUGUCCCAUGGACUGAAUAUAUUCCAGGAACGCAAGUCUAUUGACAAAGACACACUGAAGUUGGAAGCACAAGCUGAAACGCCCAAGGAAUCAAGAGGGCUUGAGACUAUUGGUGUGAAGCCAAUAACAGUAGUUGAUACCAAACCUGAAAACAGAACUGAAGCGGAGAAGCUUGCACCAGGGGUAAAGACAGAUGGUGACAAUUCUGUUGCAGCUUCCAAAGUUGUGGAAGUGCCUCCUGACAAUGAAUUUGAGAAGCGAAUAAGGCCAGAGGUCAUACCCGCAAAUGAGAUUACUGUAUCAUUUUCUGAUAUUGGUGCAUUGGAGGAGACCAAAGAGUCCCUUCAGGAACUGGUGAUGCUUCCUCUUCGAAGACCAGAUCUAUUCAAGGGAGGACUUCUAAAGCCUUGUAGGGGAAUCUUGCUGUUUGGGCCUCCUGGCACAGGGAAGACAAUGCUGGCCAAGGCCAUUGCCAAAGAGGCUGGAGCAAGCUUCAUUAAUGUUUCCAUGUCUUCAAUCACUUCAAAAUGGUUUGGUGAAGAUGAGAAAAAUGUUCGAGCUUUGUUUACACUAGCAGCCAAGGUAUCCCCAACUAUUAUCUUUGUGGAUGAGGUAGAUAGUAUGCUUGGGCAACGGACUAGAGUUGGGGAGCAUGAGGCCAUGCGAAAGAUAAAGAAUGAGUUCAUGACCCAUUGGGAUGGGCUUAUGACAAAGCAGGGUGAACGCAUCCUUGUUCUUGCUGCCACCAACCGACCUUUUGACCUUGAUGAAGCAAUUAUUAGGCGUUUUGAGAGGAGAAUUAUGGUGGGACUUCCUUCCCCUGAGAACAGAGAAAUGAUAUUUAGAACUCUUUUGUCCAAGGAAAAGGUGGAAUCAGGAUUGGAUUUCAAGGAGCUUGCUACUAUGACCGAGGGAUUUACAGGAAGUGAUCUGAAGAACUUGUGCACAACUGCUGCUUAUCGUCCUGUUAGAGAGUUAAUUCAGCAAGAAAGAUUAAAGGAUAUGGAAAAGAAACAGAGAACUGCGAAAGCCCAGAAGUCUGGGCAAUCUGCAGAUACAAAAGAAGAUGGCAAAGAGGAGAGAGUAAUUAAUCUUAGGCCAUUAAACAUGGAAGAUUUUAGACAAGCCAAGAAUCAGGUGGCUGCCAGCUUUUCUUCCGAGGGGUCUAUAAUGAAUGAGUUGAGGCAGUGGAAUGAGUUGUACGGUGAGGGGGGCUCGAGGAAAAAGCAGCAGCUCUCCUACUUCUUGUGAGAUGCACGCAUUCAAGUUAGCUCCAUUUCUCCGUUGAAAAGCUAUAGAACAGAGAUGAGGGCUUGUGAACUCAGAAUCAUGUAAUAUUAUGUAGUCCAUUUGUGUGUAUAUUCAGGUAGACCUGGUUUUGCAGCAUGCUUCAUGCUAGGAAUAAGAAUGGCUACUCUUGGUGGGUAGUCAUUGCCCAUGCCACCUAAUGCAAGGAGCGUGCGGUUUUUCUUCCUCCUUAGGGAAUUUAGUUUGCGAGUGAUGUAGCUAAGAUCAUCAAGUUCCACAUUUGUGUUUCUAAUGAACAAAGAAAAGAGAAUUUGCCC